UUAAGGGCACAACUGCAGCUAGCGUGGAGUCAGCUACUAGACGGUUGUGUUUUUGUGUUGUAGCUGAAUAUUUAAGUAACAAUGUCUUCAGUUCAGCCUCUCAGAGAGUUUAUCAGAGAGCGCUUAACUGCUGCUGCUGAAGAAAUCUUCACAGAGGUUGAAAAAACCAUCGUCCGCUAUGAGGAAGACAUCAGACUGAUGGAAAUCUACAAAAAAAAUCAAACCACCCCAAAUCUAAUCGAUGUCCAAAAGCCACACGUCUCCACUGAGGAAGCAACUUUUACUAUACGACAGCUCUGUAACCAGAGGAGGAAGAACACCAACCAUGACAUACAUGAAGCAGACCCUGAGUGGGCUGAAGAAGUUCAGAUGCAACCAGAUCCUCCUUUGAUUGAAAAACUGGGGGAACCAGGACCUCCAUGGUUCAAAGAGGAAGAGGAGGACCUGAAAUCUCUGAUUAAAAAGGAAAAUGAGGAGCAUGAAUCUUCACGGGGUAAAGAAGAACAGAAAACCCCAGGUCCUCUAUCAACUGGAAAACAGGAAGGACUAAAACUCCAAUGGAUUAAACAAGAAGAGGAUGCAGAGGAACCAGCGCAUCUAUUGAUUAAAGAAGAGGAUUUCGAACCUGAGUCUUCCUCAACUGAAGAGGAAAAAAUGGAACCAGAAUCCUCCAUAGUAGACAAAGAAAUUGAGGAUUUGUCGAUACUUAAACUCGAACAGUGGGAACCAGAAGACUUACCAGCUAGAUACAACCAGGAUGACCUCAGUAGCAGUCGGGCAGGAAAACAGCUGGACCAGAAGCGGGAAACUGGUAGGAUAAUGACGUCUCCUCCUCAGGAAGUUGAUUUGAGUGAAGGAGAAUCGAUCUCUCCUGAAUUGAAGAGUGAAGUUCAAGAAGAAAGCUGCUCCUCUGUUUCAGAGAAUCAGACUCAUACUGGCACAAAGACAAGGUCUUUCCAAUGUGAUAUUUGUUGGCGAUCCUUUAAGAGCAAGUGUAUUUUGGAACAGCAUUACAGGAUCCACACUGGCGAGAGGCCAUUUUCCUGUGAAAUAUGUGGGAAAUGUUUCUCUAGACGUCAUCACUUAAAUAUACACCUUGGAACCCACACGGGUGCAAGGCCUUUUUCAUGUGAAAUAUGUGGGAAAGGUUUCUCUCAAAGUAGUAGUUUGAAUGUUCACAAGAAAAUUCAUACAGGUGAGAAGCCUUUUUCUUGUCACAUAUGUAGGAAAAGUUUUAUUGAACGUCACAAAUUAAUUGUACAUUUUAGAACUCAUACUGGUGAGAAACCUUUUUCUUGUGAAACAUGUGGAAAAUGUUUCUCUCAAAUUGCCAGUUUGAAUGUUCAUAAAAAAACUCACACAGAUGAACGACCUUUUACAUGCCAGACAUGCGGCAAAAGUUUUUCUCAAAUUGGUUACUUAAAUGGCCACAAAAAAAUCCAUUCAGGUGAGAAACCUUUUGCUUGUGAAACAUGUGGAAGAUCUUUCGGUCAGAUUCGGGAUUUAAAUGUUCACAAGAGAAUCCACACAGGUGAGAGACCUUUUUCUUGUCAAACGUGUGGGAAAAGUUUCUCUCGGGUUGGUAGUUUAAACGUUCACAAGAAAAUUCAUACAGGUGAGAGACCUUUCUGUUGUCAGAUAUGUGGAAAAGGUUUUAUUGAACGUCAUAAAUUAAUUUUACACCAGAGAACCCACACAGGUGUGAAGUCUUUCUCAUGUGAAAUCUGCAAGAAAAGUUUUGCCCAAGUUGGUAGGCUCAAUUCCCACAUGGAGAAGGUACACAAAAAUUAGAAGUAGCCAUUUCCCACUAAAUUAUAUUUGUAAAUAUUUACAAUUUUCUUUGUAGUUUGCUCUUUGCAAAGUUUAUUGGAAAAUUAAAAAGUACACUAAUUCUGCUUAAACAGCUUAGGUGUUCGAUGUUGAUUAUUUUUUUUAUUAUUCAUUUUAUAUAGAUCUCUCCAAUUACCCUUAACACACUUAUUACUAUUGGUGUAAGAUUAACCACAGCAUUCUAUUGGUGAUUGAUUGGAGAAAAAUAAUAUCCUGCUUUUUACAAAGUUCCCCAAAAAAGCAGAAAAAGAAAAAUAUGAAAAAGGAUGACUAAAAUCAUUAUUCAUCAGAAUAUCAAAAGUCAAUAAGACAUGUUUCUUUCGAGUAUCCAAACCGCCUCUCCUUUGAAAUUAUGGAUCAAACACUAGCCCUAAGAUGAGGAAGUACUACAGACUAAGAACGAAAGCUCUUCAACUACAAGAAUAAAGGUCCAUUUGUUUUGUUUUGCAUGUGUUUUGGUUAGAGCCCAGGAACCUGCUUCUUCAUGUUUGAAGGUUGCCUUUACAGUCUGAAUUUAGCCAUAAUCCUUCAGGAUAGCUGACAGUCAGCUUUUCCAGGUUUUAUGAUUUUUUUUAAACCAAGUAUUAUUUUGAUCAAUUUAAUUUUGUUAAUAUUUUAACUGUAUACAAAGUGCACUACAUGAUCAAUAUUAAUGCUGUAUGAAGAUAAUCAUAACGUAUAUCUAUAUUGCUUUUAAAGUUUCUUUUAGGCCAUUCCCAAACAAAAUGUAAGUAGGGUGGACUAAACUGGUAUUCAGCAUAUAGCAAUUGAACAGAGUCUUUGUAGAUUACCCCAAGUACACUGAAUUAUUGCACAUAAAGCUUUUUUUUUGUGCCCCUGCAAUUCAGCAAAGACUCACUGUCUUUUAAAAAAUUUAGACUCAUAGAGUUUUGUGGUGCCUCGUCUGAAAGAAUGCUGUUGGACCUAACCUCAGAGCCAGACUUUAACUACAUCGCCCAGCAUGCAUAGCAGUCAGGACCUCAAAGGUCAGGUUUUAAAAGAACUGUAAAAGCAAUGCCGUGUGUUUUUUUUGUGAUUCAUGCCUCAACAAAGGCACCCCCUCCCCGCUUGCUCAGCAAUCCAUGUCAAAACUUAAUGCAUACUUGUGUUCUAAGUUUUUCCACUUUUUAUUCUUCGCCCCAAAAAAGAACCUGGCACAGUUUUGGGUUUGCCUGCACAGGAUACCAAGUUCCAUUUCUAAGUGCUGUUCAAGGGUCUUUGGAUUAGCAGAGCAGCCUCAUACCAUCAGAACAGGGAAAAUCCAUGGAGGAUUAUCCCAAGAAGACAUGAUUUGGGCUGAAUCACAAAUUGGCCCCUAACACUAACCCUUUGUUUGCACCUGUCGGUGGAGGGUCCUCCU